AGCGCGCCAGGCCCGGUCGGUGGCGGGCAGCGCGGCGUGGGGAGCACUGGCGCCCGGCCCCUCAGCGGCGUCGCCCCCUGCACGGAGCCCCGAGCCCGAGCGCGGCCCCGGCCUGAGAGCCCGCACCAUGGCGUUCGCCAAUUUCCGCCGCAUCCUGCGUCUGUCCACCUUCGAGAAGAGAAAGUCCCGCGACUACGAGCACGUCCGCCGGGACCGCGACCCCAACGAGCUGUGGGAGAUCGUGGGCGAGCUGGGCGACGGCGCCUUCGGCAAGGUCUACAAGGCCAAGAAUAAGGAGACCGGUGACCUGGCUGCAGCCAAGGUCAUUGAGACCAAGAGUGAGGAGGAGCUGGAGGACUACAUUGUGGAGAUUGAGAUCCUGGCUACCUGUGACCACCCCUAUAUUGUGAAGCUCCUGGGGGCGUACUACUAUGACGGGAAGCUGUGGAUCUUGAUCGAGUUUUGCCCAGGGGGAGCAGUGGAUGCCAUCAUGCUAGAGCUGGACAGAGGCCUCACGGAGCCCCAGAUUCAGGUUGUGUGCCGUCAGAUGCUGGAGGCUCUCCAUUUCCUGCACAGCAAGAAGAUUAUCCAUCGUGACCUGAAGGCUGGCAACGUGCUCAUGACCCUCGAGGGUGACAUCCGGCUGGCUGACUUUGGUGUGUCUGCCAAGAAUCUGAAAACUUUGCAGAAGCGAGAUUCCUUCAUAGGAACGCCUUAUUGGAUGGCCCCUGAGGUGGUGCUGUGUGAGACUAUGAAGGACACGCCGUAUGACUACAAGGCUGACAUCUGGUCCCUGGGCAUCACGCUGAUUGAGAUGGCGCAGAUAGAGCCCCCACACCAUGAGCUCAACCCCAUGCGGGUCCUGCUCAAGAUUGCCAAGUCGGAUCCCCCCACGCUGCUCACACCUUCCAAGUGGUCUGUGGAGUUCCGAGAUUUCCUGAAGACGGCACUAGACAAGAAUCCUGAAACUCGGCCCACUGCUGCUCAGCUGCUGGAGCAUCCCUUUGUCAGCACCGUUACCAGCAACAAGGCUCUGCGGGAGCUGGUGGCUGAGGCCAAGGCUGAGGUGCUGGAAGAGAUUGAGGAUGGCAGGGACGACCGGGAUGAGGACGAUGCCGUGGAUGCCACUUCUACACUGGGGAGCCACACUCAGGACUCUUCUAAGCCAGGCCAUCUGAGCCCACGUGCUCAUCAGCUUGUCCAGGAACUGUCUGUCCCACAGCCAUCCAGCCAGACUCAGGAUGGUGUGGCUGGUCCACAGAGCCAGCCCUCUGGGGAUGGAUUCCUGCAAGCCACCAGUCCCCCCAACAUGGUCCCUGCAGAUGAUAACAUCUUACCAGUGCCUAUGCUCCUCCGGAAGCCCCGGCCUGUAUCCAUGGAUGCCAGGAUUCAGGUGGCUGAGGAGAAGCAAAUCUCUGAGGAUCAGAAUCCUGCAGCCAUAAGGCCCCAGAAGACCAGCCACGGUCGGCCCAGCCAGAACCGGCCCAACAGCAGUGCCUUGGAGUCCCUCAGAGGCGAGAAGCUGGCCAAUGGUGGCCUGGAGCUCCCGGCCCCCACAGUGCCAGGCCCUUCCCAGCAGGCCUCGGAUGGUGGCAGCCAGCUGUCUGCUUCUGAGAGCACGGACUACAGCUCCUCCCUGUCUGCUGACCUGUCUCUGAACAGAGAGACGGGCUCCCUGUCCCUGAAGGACUCAAGGCUGCACAACAAAACCCUAAAGCGGACACGCAAAUUUGUGGUGGAUGGCGUAGAGGUGAGCAUUACUACCUCCAAGAUCAUCAGUGAAGAUGAGAAGAAGGACGAGGAGAUGAGAUUUCUCAGGCGCCAGGAACUUCGAGAGCUCCGACUCCUCCAGAAGGAAGAGCACCGGAAUCAGGCACAAUUGUGUAGCAAGCAUGAGCUGCAGCUGGAGCAGAUGCACAAGCGUUUUGAACAAGAAAUCAAUGCCAAGAAGAAGUUUUUUGACACAGAGCUGGAGAACUUGGAGCGUCAGCAGAAGCAGCAGGUGGAGAAGAUGGAGCAAGACCAUGGUGUGCGCCGCCGGGAGGAAGCCAAGCGUGUCCGCCUGGAGCAGGAUCGGGACUACACCAGGUUUCAAGAGCAGCUCAAACUGAUGAAGAAGGAGGUGAAGAGUGAGGUUGAGAAGCUCCCCCGGCAGCAGCGGAAAGAGAGCAUGAAGCAAAAGAUGGAGGAGCACGCACAGAAAAAGCAGCUACUUGACCGGGACUUUGUUGCUAAGCAGAAGGAGGACCUAGAGCUGGCCAUGAAGAAGCUGACCAUGGAAAACAGGCGGGAGAUCUGUGACAAGGAGCGCGAGUGCCUCAACAGGAAGCAGGAGCUCCUUCGAGACCGGGAGGCAGCCCUGUGGGAGAUGGAGGAGCACCAGCUGCAGGAGAGACACCAGCUGGUGAAGCAGCAGCUCAAAGACCAGUACUUCCUGCAGCGGCAUGAGCUGCUGCGCAAGCAUGAGAAGGAGCGGGAGCAGAUGCAGCGCUACAAUCAGCGCAUGAUGGAGCAGCUGAAGGUGCGGCAGCAGCAAGAGAAGGCCCGGCUGCCCAAGAUCCAGAGGAGUGAGGGCAAGACGCGCAUGGCCAUGUACAAGAAGAGCCUGCACAUCAGUGGGGCGGGGAGCGCUGCUGAGCAGCGGGAGAAGAUCAAGCAGUUCUCCCAGCAGGAGGAGAAGAGGCAAAAGGCUGAGCGGCUACAGCAGCAGCAAAAACAUGAAAACCAAACACGGGAUAUGGUGGCGCAGUGUGAGAGCAACAUGAGUGAGCUGCAGCAGCUUCAGAAUGAAAAGUGUCACCUUUUGGUAGAACAUGAGACUCAGAAGCUGAAGGCCCUGGAUGAGAGCCACGACCAGAACCUGAAGGAGUGGCGGGACAAGCUUCGGCCACGCAAAAAGGCUCUGGAAGAGGAUUUGAAUCAGAAGAAGCGGGAGCAGGAAAUGUUCUUCAAACUCAGUGAAGAGGUGGAGUGCCCAAACCCAACCACUCCCAGCAAGGUUGCCAAGUUCUUCCCCUACAGCUCAGCUGAUGCUUCCUAACUCCUGCAGGGAGCUAUGACUGGCAGGAUGGGGGCCCAAAGACCUUUCAUCCUCUGCAAAUAAGUAACUCAGGACUCCUUCCUCCUUGCUUCUGUACCAGCUCAAGCCAGACCCUUGUUUCUGUUGCCUGCCGGGCAUGGCAGAGCCAUGUGUCUCAACUUCUUAUUCCCUCACGGAGGGUGGCAGUUUAUGACUUAUCCCUGAGCCUGUCAUCAUCCCCAGGUCCAGUGCUGCCAAGCUGCCAGUGAUUUGGACAGCUGGGAUCAGGGGCCAGGAGAAUGGGUAUGCUGUGGUCUCAAGUCCCUACCUGUUUUGCUGUCUGUGGGCUGAAGCACAGCUGAUGGGUCGCUGGGCUCACCUCAGAUGUGGCCCUUGUGGUAUGCAGUAGUUCCUUGCAGUGCAGAUGAGAACCACUAGCCAUGUCUGUUCUCAGAAGUGCCAGGCCAGGUGCCAGCUCCUCAGCGGUAUCCUUACACCCAAGGACCUACUUUCUGCUUACAACAAAGCUGUUUGUGUGGUUCGUGUUAGGUGGGGCAGUCUGUGGGGAACCAUGCUGAGUUUUGGCCUCAGCAUCCAGAGAAGACACAGAUUGUGCUGCCAGUAUGCGGCUCAUGUUGGCCCUUGCAUGAGAUCCUGUGUGUGUUUAGGGUAAAUUCCCCACCUCUUGGACUCCACAGGCAGGCUUCACCUAGCUCUCACUGCCUGCCUGGACCUGCCCCAUCCUACCCCACCGCUGCCCGCUGGUGCCCUAGGAAGGCCCUUUUACUGGGCUGUGUCCAGGAGGACACUGUGCAUUUCAGACCAAGCUUGGUAGUCACUUGGACUUCUCAGGAAAAAUGUUUUCUGCCCCCAGGAACAUGGCAGAAGCAAAGGUUCUGGGUCCCAUGGGCUCUUGGGCCUUCAGGUUGGCCCCUCAAGGUGCUGAUCUUCACAGGCUGAGUUUACAACCCCAUAUAAGCAAAUGCUCCAGCCAGUCUAUGGUCUAUUUACAAAGCAUACCUUCUCUCACCUUGAUUUCUAAAUGUCCCACUCAAACAGAAAAUGAAUAGCUUCUUCAGGAAAACAGCUACAUUUCUAAAACCUUGUAGUCCUGAUGACAGUGAGGACUCAGGCUAUGAAAUUGGUUCUGCCUUGCCAGCAGUUGAUGGCUGGGAAUCUUGUUGGCUCCUCCACUGUUCAUGGAUAGGGCCCUGGAUAUCUCUCUUAAUUACAACUGAUGCUUGGCAGGAGAGGGCCAGUUGCUGAACAAGCAAAGAGAAUGUGGGCUCCUGAAUCUUUAAUGUAAAGAAGUUCUUGGGGCACGAGAAUCCGUGGCUUCCUUAGGUUUGUCCUGAUAUGAUGGAUAGGACACACUGAGCAUCUGCGUCAUUUCAUUCUAUGGGGCAAAGGCCCUGGGGGAGCCCAUGUAUCCCUAACUGAAACCCAGUUGCCCUGGUGAGGCCAUGUGGAUGGGUGACCAGGCAGGGCUACUGGGGCAAUGUUUACACAUCAUUCCUGCAGCCAGGGGUGUGACUUAAGUACCAGGUGAGAUGCCAAUUUCAUGGUUUAGGGGGAGGUCUGCUACCAUUCCCUCACCUGGCUUGUUGGUCCCACUGCCCAGGUUCUUUAUUACAUUGGUGCCUCAUUGCUCAGUACCAACUAAGCCUUUCUAGCUACACUGUCUGUGCCUUUAUGGAUGGGGUCUGGCCUCACGGCUGAGCCCACAUGCAAUGCUCACUGCUGAGAAGUCCACACAGUAUUUCUCAUGCCCUGUGCUAAAUUUCUGUAUUGGGUAUAAAUGUUUCUCCUUUCAGUCCAUUAACUUAUAUUUCCCUUUAUGAAGAAGUUAUUUUUAUGCAGUUUCCAAAAUUUAUGAAAUUUUUGUAAAAUGUUCUCUGCAAAGUUAACUGUGAAAAUGUAAAUAUGCUUCUAAUAAAUACCAAAAUACUUUGCA